UAGAGGUACGCUGGUUGUGAGAGAGGCAGAGCCAGAAGCAGGACAUCUUCCUGCAUUUCAAAGCCAAAGGAGUAGAAUGCCUGGAUCUUCAUCGAAUGGGCAAACACUUACGCCGAAUUCGGCCGUUGGGGAAGAUGCGACUAUGACGACAAAGGGAGCCACACAAGAUUUGGUGAAUCCUGACGACGGGUCAAGGUCAAGUUUGUCUGAGGACGAAGUGGGACUAACGUCGGCCGACGAACGAGCGAGCCGGUCGAGCCGAGAGGGCGAGGUGUCGCGCGCAAUGGCCGACAUGCUGCGUGAUGUCGCCACAGAUUGCGAGAGCGGCGGCAAGAGCCGACCGACGAGUUCGUUCCUGUACGAGGACGACGAGGUGUCGUUUGUCGUGCCUGCUGGCCACGAGGACGAGCACGAUGGCAGCGCAGCGGCGGACGGCGAGGCCUGCGACCGUGACGUCUCCGAGAAGGCAGGUUUGCUCGCGAGCGAGGGCGCGGCGAGGGCGCACCACCUCACCGCGCUGAAGGAGAACAUCCAGACGGAGUUGCCGCUCAAGAGGCAGAAGGCGCGCAAGAGUUUUCCAAGCGCAGGCCUGCGGUCGAAGACGGAGUCGGCGCAGGAGGUGAAGAUGCGCAUGCAGCAGAGCGUCGUCGAGCGUGACGGCGCGGAGAACGCGCGCGCGGUGGCGCUAGCGCAGCGCGCUGAACUCGAGAACAUCGUCGACCUGUCGCUCGACCUCGAGCACUUUCGAUCGGUCGGCUUGCUGGGCUUUGCCUCGUCGUUUCCGAUGGAUCGGCUCUUUGCUCGGCUGCAGUUGCCUGCCGCUGCCCCUGCUCAGCCGGUCAAGCGCAAACGUAUUCGCUUUGGUGUGUACUCCCUGCAGAACCAGCAGCGGAAACGCAGACUCAACAAGAGAUUGCGCAGCCUCAGCCUCCAGCAGCAGCAGGGGGAGACUCUAGAGACUGAGACUGAUGCUUCGUGUUCCGAGGCCGUCGACGCGGUAGCAGACGCAGCGUGCGAACAAGGUGACAUCACAUCGUUGGUCAGCAAGGAAGAAAAAGUUGCUGGGGUAACGCAUAACAGUGGAGAUGCUGCCGGGCGUACCAGUGAGGAGGGAGAGGUUGCGGGGCUUCCUGAAGAUAGGGGCGAGUUUGAAGAGCUAGUUCACAUAAAUACAGAAGUAGUAGAAGCUUCACCCAAGGAAGAGCAGGAGCUCGGAUGUAAGCAGAAAGAGGUUACAGAAACAGUUCCAUUUCUAAAGUCACCUGGCACAUUGAAGGAGGAAGCAAACCAAGAUGAUUAUAUUGACACUUUCCAGCAGGAGACUGACAAAACUAAGUCACCAUCACUCAGUACUAAUGAAAGAAACGAAAUUCCAAAUAUAUCUGACAAAGCUGAGGAUGAGAAGAGUGUGGACGGAAGUGAGUCAUCCAGCCCGCGUGGUGAUCAUAAAAGGCAAUCUAAUGGUGAUGGGGAAGAGAGCCUUAGUGGUGCCAGUAGCACAUCAGAGAGUGACAGUAAGAAGCUGAGGUUAGAGGACCUUGGCCUGGUGCCAAGAAAUGGGCUGAGUAAAGAUGUCACAGACAAGCUGCAGACAUUCUUGCACGUGGAUAAUGUGCUGCCACCACUCUGUCACUGUCGUGUGAAAGUCGGGUCACUUGCAAAGACAAAAGCCACCAAGUGUCAAGCUUUGAACACCAUAGAUGACAAAGUGAUUGGAUGCUGCAAGAAUGUGGUGAACCACCAGCUCGUGCGUCCAUCACCCAGGAUCAGCUUCUUUGCUGUUUGCGAGGUGCACCGGACCAGACUACGGCGCCACCAGUGCUGUCCAAUGUGUGGACUGUAUUGCACGCAGGGAGAUUUCAUCAAGUGCUGUGAUGAGCUGUCACACAUGUUCCACAAGGACUGUACGUUGUACAACAGCGAUGGAGUGCCGCUGUGUCCGCACUGUGGCUCUUUCUCCGAAGGAGUUGCAAUAAAGCUGAAAAUACGAUCGUCGCAACUGCCCUCCUUCUUGGAGCAGCAACGAAAGAGCGGACCUCAUGCUCAGAUGACAUUCCCAACAGAGAAGUUAUCAUCAGAGAUUUCCUCUGACUCGAGAUAUUCAGUAGUCUUCUCCGAAUCUGGAAAGACGUUCUCUGCUGCUACUCUGCCUUUGGGUCCUGACAGAAAGGAGCUGGAAACAAUAUUGAGCACCUGGGAAGAAGAUAGCAUGCGACAAAUAAAGAAUAAAAGUUUGUACUCUGCAGCUAGGGCUGGCGACGUAGAAAAAGUGUUGAUCUUGUUAGGCUUGGGAAUGGAUCCAACCACACGCUAUGAAGAGGCUAGCAAUGGAACGGCCCUACAUGUGGCUGCAGAGAAGGGCAAUGUUGUUAUCACACAUCUGCUCAUUCAGGCGGGUGCGUGCGUCAACGUUAUUGAUGAUCGGUUAAGAACCCCGUUAAUGGAUGCAGCGGACAACAAUCGUGUCAAAGUUAUGAAAUACCUUCUGAUGGCCGGCGCUUUCACUGACACAAGGGGAGAGGAUAGCAUGACGUGCCUGCAUCUCGCAGCGAAGGCAGGUAACCUCGAGGCUGUUGUAUACCUGAUAGAGAGCGGUAAGCUGAAUGUCAACCUACAGGAUGAAGGCGGCUGGACGGCGCUCAUCUGGGCAACAGAGUACAAGCACCUGGAAGUCGUUCGCUACCUUACGAGCCGUGGCGGCAACGCGGCGCUCAUCGAUGUCGAAGAGAACACUGCACUCCACUGGUCAUCCUUUUCUGGUUGUGCCGAAAUUGCUGAGAUCUACCUUUCGCAGGGCUGUGAUAUCAAUGGGAAGAACGAACAUGGAGACACACCACUCCACAUUGCGUCCCGUCAGGACCACUAUGACAUAGUUGUGCUGCUGCUCUCAAGAGGUGCCAGUGUGCAUGAGAAAAACAACCAGGGUGAAGAACCGAUAUCCUGCUGCCCUGAUCCAGCUUCAAAGGUGUGGAUGGCAUUGAGGGUGAAUUUGGAAUUGUCCAAGACAACUCUACAGCAAGCCCAUCCUACAGAAAAAGUCCUGCACAGGGAUGUCUCUCUGGGGAGAGAGAACGUGCCAAUCGUAUGCUUGAACUGGCAUGACGAUGAGGGUAUACCAGAGGACUACCAGUACGUGACAGAAAACGUGGAGACCAGCCAGCUCGUGUCCAUCAACAGACUGAUCUCGAGUCUGCAGCACUGUCAGUGUCGCGACAACUGUGGGUCCACCAGCUGCACAUGCACAAUAAACAGUGUCAGGCUGUGGUAUGAUGCGCAAGGCAAGCUGGUUGAAGAUUUCAACAUGCACGAUCCGCCAAUACUGUUUGAGUGCAACAAGGCCUGCCGGUGCUGGCGCAAGUGCAGCAAUCGAAUUGUGCAGGAUGGGAUAAAGGUGCGCCUGCAGUUGUUCCGGACACCCGGGAAAGGCUGGGGAGUGCGACCGCUACAGAACGUCUCGAAAGGAACCUUCAUAUGCGAAUACAUCGGUGAGGUGAUAACUGACAGUGAGGCAGACACCAGAGAAGAUGAUUCCUACUUGUUCGACCUUGACAACAAGGAAGGCGAGACGUACUGCAUUGAUGCGCGUUACUAUGGCAACGUGGCCCGCUUCAUCAACCACCUGUGCGAGCCGAACGUUGUUCCGAUCAAGGUGUUCGUCGACCAUCAGGACCUGCGCUUCCCGAGGAUUGCCCUGUUUGCGAGCCGCGACAUCAGAGCUUAUGAAGAGCUAGGGUUCGACUACGGUGACAAGUUCUGGAUCAUCAAAUACAAGCACUUCACGUGCACGUGCGCAUCGGACAAGUGCAAAUACUCGACGCAGACGAUCGACACGACCGUCGCGCGCUACUACAAGCUGAUCGCUGACCUCGACGCCGAGGCUCACCCCGCCGAGCCGAGCGUGGCCACCUGAGGGUGCCCGCACGAUCGAGGACAACGCGUCAUGUCGGCGCGUCACCGCGCGUCGGCGGUUGUGUGUGAUGAAUUGCCGGCUGAUGCUGCACUGGACCAAGCUGAAACAUUCGCUGAUGGUGCUGCGCGUCAUUCAGCUCCGGGCGUGAAGGGGUGGGAUAACGGUAAAUGGCGACCAUUUGCGAGCUAAUGAUAAUUGGGCUCAUUAGCGUCUUUCUGUCUUUCCUCCUACUAAUCUGACAAAAAAAUGCCAGCUGCAAAAUGGCCGAUAACAAAGUCCCUAAUCCCCUUGCUGUUUUUUGUUCACGACACGCACACAAUCACUCCACAGCUGAUUUUAUCCAGUUACCACAUGCCACGGUGCAGUCUUUCAUAAUUCGUGAAUGUAUAAGCUACGCAUAGCGAGCAACAUAAGAAAUAUUUGCAAAAAUACUGGCACCUGUUGAUAAAUCUCUAUUAACCUUUAUACUUCAUUAUUAUCUUGUCAAUUCCAUGGCAAUUCUAUUGUCGAAUCUAUUGCAAGUAUUUGUAAACGCUUCAUGUUUGACUUUUCAAUCCCUUACUAAAUCAUUGUCAACGCCUGGUGUAGAUACAGGGGCCUUCUAAAUUAUUGUAUACCCCGUUAUCAAUGGCUUAUCAACCUCUUGUUGAGGCUUUUAGCAAAUCUCUGUCACCUCUUCACCUUUAGUUUCACAACCCUCACUAACUCCUUGUCAACUGUUAAAUUUCCAUCAACCCUUUAUCACUCGCUGAAAUGUAUCCCAGUGUGUGCCCGUCAGGGCUUAGUCGUCAGAACACUGCUAAGUUGAGAGUGGAAGAAUGGAAAGAAAGGAGACCGAGCUAGGAGGAGAUGCAAGAUUAGAAUCCUCGCGUCCGAAUCCUAUAAUCCUAAUAAGUGCUGAUUAUCUCUUCAGUCAAUUGCACACAACUGGUUUCGAGUUCUCAACAAGAUUUGCGGCAUAGCCUUUGCCAGUGGCGAGUGUGAAUCCAUGUGCAGUAAUUGUUCAGGGAACAGAGCAGCAGCAGAGCAGACUAUAGCCAGUGGGUUUCGCGAGGGGCUCAUCACAAUUGUCUAGGAUUUACUUGUACUUGAAAUUGCGGGCGAUAUUCUUAGAAAGGAGUGGGUUGGUGGCUCAGAAGUGUUGGUGGAAGUGAUAAGGAGUGACUGAUGGUAGAGAACAGGAAGGGUUGGCGGAACGAGCAAGAACCGUAGCAAGAAAAUUGGAGGGGUUUGGUGCUAGGGAUCAGGCAGGGUUGGUUGGCAGACAACUGGGUGGGUGUGGGGUGUGGGUUGUGGGGGGUGGGGGGUGAGAGAGUCGAGUUCGUUCGUACUUAGCAGGAACUAUUCUGUGUUAGGUUAUUGUAUUACUUCUAGACAUCACGUAUAGCCGGUUGUGGGUUCGUGAGUUCCGGCUGCUCUGAGCACGUCUUGUCCGACGAUCGGUGCGUGCGUGCGUGCGUGCGUUCGUGCGUGCGUGCGUGCGUGCGUGCGUGCGUGUGUUGUGUUGUGCGUGUGUUUGUGUUGUGCGUGUGUGUUUGUUUUAUUAUGUUUUUUUUUUCUGUACAUAAUAUUACCUGUACUAGUUUGAUCUCUAGCGAGGGCGCUCGUGCGUAAUUUAGCGGCUCAUCGUUUAUAGUCCAGACCAGACCGUCAGCCGGUUAGUCAGCUUAUCCAAUGUUGCGGCAUGAUGAGAGAUGCCUACCGUCACCCGCGAUGUGUUUUUAAAUAAUUUUAUCGACGUUUCCGAUGCCUGCCGGGGGUCAGCUGUGGGUCGACGACCAGGACAUUCGUCCUAGAGCGGUCGGUUGGUUGGCUUCAGCCGAAAUAUCGCACGACUUCCCUGGCGGUCAUUUUCAUCCCUCCCCUGCACUCAUUCAGGCAGAAAUCUAUGUUGGGACGUGGCCGGGGAGAGCCGUGGCGGUUUUUAGAAGAAUAAUUUCGAUAUGAUUUAGUGCCGUAUGCGUGCAACAUCCGAUACUGUCGUGCAAAAGUUGUUUUAAAAUAAUCCAAAUCCUUUUUACAUCGCAUCAUAGCCGUAGUGUUGUCGUAUUCGGCGAGAGCAGUAUUUCCGGCUGAAUGUUGAUCUAUUAAAUCUGAUGCUAUUUUGUGGACGUUCGUUUAAUAGUGUAGAGUAAUAAAACUUGGAGGAUUAGCUACCUUAUCGUCACAAUAUGUUCUAUACUUAAAGUAGUAGUCGCUGUAGCAAACACAAUUUCCAUGUAAGUGGGAUAUUGUGCUUGACGUAGGUGUAGCAAAUAUGUAAUCAGAUAUGAUAUCGUGAAAGAAUAUUUUCCCGUGAGUUUGUGUGACAUCCCGUACGUGAUGACGUCAGGGGAAGAUGUAUGACAUUGUUGUUGUUGUUGUUGUUGUUGUUGUUGUUGUUGUCCGGGUGGUGGUGGUGGGUGGUAAUGGUGGUAGUAAGGGGGGGGGGGAGAUAGUAUUUCACAGACAUUUUGGUCGAUUUCAAUGUUUUGCGUUGCUUUACAAAAGGUAGCCGACCGAUCUACUGGAUUAGUUACCAUGUUAAACAAGUGCACACCCUAUAGAACAACAACACCGUCAUCUUUAUGUAUACUUGCGCCUUCUGUACGAUUAGAGUUUGCAUGUUACUUAUAAGAAACGUUACAUCUAAAAAUAACAUUACGAUUUCCAUGUCUCGCUGAUACGACUUUAUUACACUAAGAAACCUUAAUAUCGUCUUUUUAAAAUCGUCGCCACGUGUAAGGAUGCACUCCAAGUGCAUCCUUGUAGGCCUAUUGCAUUUGAAAAUAAAAUUUAUAAUUACACGGUCUAUGUUGCGCGCAGUACGGGAACAGUUACUGAAUAUGAAUUAGGGUUCUACUUAUGUAAAUUUAGCUAUCUGAAUAUAGACAUUAUAUAAGUGAUCUACAUCUACAUUGCAUAUGGCCUCUCGCAGUGGGUCAAUUGGGAACAGAUUUAGCGUUUAUCAUAUAUACGGUAUUAUCUGUUUAUCCAAAAAUCAUCUCCAUAAAUUAUCACAGUAAGCCCGCAUAACGGCGCUGUGUAUUCGUCAUGAUUACGAUAUAAUAAAUUGCAGGAAUUGCAGAUUGAAGAAAUAGAA